UCUUCGACAUAGUAUAUACAUAAUUCAAUUAGAUUAUUAUCAUAAACAGAAUAAGGAAUAUUAAUCACUACACAUAAUGCUGCUCUAAAGAAGAAGAAUUUUUUUGACAAAGCUAAUGGAUAAAUUAGCAGUUGAGGUGUUUGCAUUUCUGCUCUUCUCAACUUUGGUCAUUUCAGACUCAAACAACCAUCCAGACAUAACUAGUUUACAGUCUUUUGAAUGGAUAAGAAGCAGCAAACCUCAUAAUUGGGAAGGCUCAGAUCCUUGUGGCAAUUGGGACGGCAUUAUCUGCAACAAAUCACGUGUGACUACCAUAAGAAUACAAAGCAUGGGGUUGGCAGGUGAGCUGUCCCAAGAUAUUGCGCAACUAUCCGAAUUAGAAAUUCUGGAUUUGUCUUCAAAUAAGGAAUUGACUGGACCACUCCCAGAAUCAAUUAGGAAUUUGAAGAAACUUAAAAAAUUAAUCUUGGUGGGAUGUAGUUUCACUGGACAAAUUCCUUACAGCAUAGGUUCUCUACAGGAGUUGGAAAUUUUAUCUCUAAACUCUAAUUACUUCAAGGGUUCAAUUCCGGCUUCCAUUGGUAAUCUUUCCAAACUGACGUGGCUAGAUAUCACAGCCAAUAACAUUGAGGGACCUAUCCCAGUCUCUACUCAAGAUGGUCUUGGUCUUGACAUGCUCUACCUUUGUCAGCACUUCCAUCUUGGAGAGAAUAAUCUCACAGGCCCAAUUCCUGAGGAACUUUUCAGCUCAAAUAUGAGUUUGCAACACUUGCUUUUGGACGGUAACAAACUUGGUGGCACUAUUCCUUCCACACUAGCAAAUGUUACUAAUUUAACUAUCUUAUCAAUGGACAACACACAACUUACAGGAGUAAUUCCGCCAGAGCUAUUCAGCCUUCGCAAGUUAGUGACAGUGAAACUAAAGAACAACAAGCUCGGUGGAACAUUAGAUAUUAGCAGCUCCUACAACAGGGACCUUAAGCUCAUCGAUCUACGUUGGAAUAACAUCACUGACAUUAAUGAUAAUGAGGGUGAUGAAGAACAUGAUGUUCAGAUCUUACUUAAGGACAAUCCAAUUUGUCGGGACACCGGUACAACUGCAAGUUACUGCAGCACCAGCUCAGCUUCUGAACCUGAUAGCUCAUAUGUCACAGAGAUUAACAAUUGUUCCCCCAGUCCUUGUGAUUCUAAUCAGAUUUCCAGCCCCAAUUGUCGAUGUGCUAUUCCAUUCAAAGGAACUCUCAUUUUCACAGCUAUUACCUUCUUAGACUUGGGAAACACAUCACGCUAUAUGGACAUUGAGAAAUCUUUGAUGAAAUAUUUUAUGUCCAAACCACCUCCUGUAGAUAGUGUUUCUCUAAGUAACCCCACUAUCAACAAUUGUGGUUACUUUCAAGUAAACCUAUCUUUCUUCCCAAAAAGCCAGGAUCAUUUCAGUCAAAUCGACAUUUUCAGUAUCAGCGAUGCUAUCAAUUACAUGCUCCCUGGACCUUACAGACCAUUCUAUUUUAUUAGUGAAAGAUAUGGAAGCAGUGCAGAAGUGAUUAAAGAAUCAAAAUGGUCGAGGAUUGCUAUUGACAUUGGAGUAGCAGCUGGUGUUUCUGUCCUUGUGCUAUUACUAUUUCUGGGAGCGUACCGUUUCUUCCGUAAGAGGAGAGCAGGAACAGGAACAGGCACUCUUACUAAGAAUGCCACAAGGUUUUGGGAAGCAGCAUCUAGCAGUGGAAGUAUUCCUCAGUUGAAAGGGGCGAGGUGGUUUAAUUUUAACGAGCUUAAGAAAUGCACCAACAAAUUCUCAGCAGAAAAUGAAAUUGGAUCUGGGGGUUAUGGAAAGGUUUAUCGUGGAACUCUUCCAACCGGAGAACUGAUAGCUAUCAAAAGAGCUAAGAAAGGGUCCCUGCAGGGUGGAAUCGAGUUUAAAACUGAGAUAGAACUUCUUUCGACGGUUCAUCACAAAAAUCUUGUACGACUCCUGGGAUUUUGUUUAGCUAAAGAUGAACACAUGUUGGUCUAUGAGUAUGUACCAAACGGAAAUUUGAAGGAUACCCUAUCAGGAAAGUCAAGAAUUAGAUUGAAUUGGAUUCAAAGGCUAAAGGUAGCUCUUGAUACUGCAAGAGGCUUGGCUUAUCUUCAUGAACUUGUCAACCCUCCAAUAAUACACAGGGAUAUUAAGUCAACCAAUGUCCUCUUGGAUAAUCGAUUGAACGCAAAAGUGGCUGAUUUUGGCCUCUCGAAGCUCAUGGGUGAUGAUGAGCAGGAUCAUGUCAGCACGCAAGUUAAAGGCACAAUGGGCUACUUAGAUCCUGAAUAUUACAUGACGCAACAACUGACUGAGAAGAGUGAUGUGUAUAGCUUUGGAGUGUUAAUGUUAGAGCUGAUUACUGCAAGGAAACCUAUCGAGCGAGGAGUGUACAUCGUAAGAGUAAUACGAGACACUAUCGAUGAGAAUAAAGAGUUAUACAACCUCCAUGCACUUCUUGACCCAGCUAUGGGUGUGGGAACAAGGAUGAAUGGUUUUGAAAGGUUUGUGGACCUGGCAAUGACAUGUGUUGAGAAUGAAAGGGCAGAGAGGCCUACAAUGGGCCAGGUGGUGAAGGAGAUCGAGAGAAUUUCGAAGCUGGCAGGUCUGAACCCUACUGAUGAUUCAGUAUCAACUUCAUCAAUCAAUUGGGAAUCAAGUAAAGUAACCUCCUCCAACCUUUACAGUGAAGAGUCAUUUGCUAUAAGUGGAGGUUCUGCAGAACCAAAGAUCGAAUCUUGCUAAAAACUGAGUUUAUCUCAUAAAUUUGUAGCAGACUUGGCAUGCUCUAUGUUUGUAGUUAUUAGUACAACUAGUCACUUGUGUUUAAUGUAAUGAUGCUUGUAUCAUAUGAAAAGGAAUCAUCACCUUCAUAAGGUUAAUGAGACGAAAAAGAAGAUAUUUUAAUUUUGACUGGUACACAGAAAUCAAAUAACAAAUUUAUAGAAAAUAGAAUAUUGGAAUA